CGGUUCAAAACACACUCUCUGAGGUGGGAGGUCACGAGUUGGGACCAUUCAUUUUACACCGCCUGGACGCCGGCAUCGUGUCUUUUAGAAUAACGUAUUGAGUGUUCGUAUAAUUUUGUGUCAAGAAUUGAUCCGUCCACAUCUUAUCUAUAGUCUAGAGAUCUACAGAAAGUCUCAGCAAGGAUCAGUGAAGUGGAGCUUGUCUGGCGAUGUGUAUUUUUAAAAGUUAUAUAGAUACCUCUAGCACAAGUGACUGAGCAGCUGAAAACGCGGUUCUACAGUGCCAUUCAACUACAGACACAGCGUCACAUGCUGACGAUACACGCCGGUACGUAGUAGGACCAAGGAGUUUAUAGGGACGACCGUACCCGAUCGUCUUGACUAAUUCGAGGCUUCAACUACAAGGGCGUUUCCUCUGACAAUCUUCUGACCCAGGCAUGGAGAUGACCCUCCAUUGCCAUUAAAAAAGCCCACGGCCGGUAUGUGGCUGGAGAUGGAUGUGAAGCACAGAACCCCCCGGUCCCGCACCCCCAGCAUGGGCAGCGACGAGAACGACGAGUGCCAGCAGCCGCUGUUAGUCAAUGAUGACACGGAGGACCCGGAUGUGGUGGAUGCGGACAGCAUGCGCUUCUUCACUGUGGAGGACGCGGUAGAGCGGGUGGGCUUCGGCCGCUUCCAGGUCAUGAUCAUCUUCUUCGUGGGCGCCUUUUCCAUAUCGAACGCCAUGGCCGUGAUGAUGAUUGCCGUGCUGGCUCCCGUGCUGCGGUGCGAAUGGUGGCUGGAGAACUGGCAGGUGGCGCUUUUCACAACGAUGCUGUUUGCGGGGAUGUUGGUCUUCAGCGUUCCGUUCGGCACGGUUGCAGACAGGUACGGCAGAUGGCCGGCUCUGUGGAUGGUAGCUUUUGGGAUCAGUUGUUUUAACUUCCUGACGGCGUUCAGCCCCAAUUACUACUGGGUGGUCAUACUGCGGACCAUGCUGGGCGUGACGUUUGCCGGCGGGCCGCAAAUGGAUACCUUGUUGAUGGAAUUCAUGCCGUCCAAGUACAGAGCGAAGGCAUACCUGAUCUAUGCCAUUUUUUGGUCUUUUGGCGGAUCGGCUGUCAUCAUGUUAGCGUACUUGGUGGUACCGACGCUGGGAUGGCGCUACCUCGUAGUGUUCUCCUGCAUUCCUGGGUUUUUCGUCCUAAUAUUUUUCAAGGCGCUGCCAGAGUCAGUCCGCUACUACAUGGCGGCAGGGAAAAGAAUCAAAGCCCUUCAGGUAUUGGAGAGGAUGGCGAGGAUGAACAGGGCGACACUUCCUCCAGGAAAACUUGUCAAGUCAUCCGAGGCACCUCGGGGUACGAUGAAAGAACUGUUCAAAAGAAAACACCUACGGACCUUGAUACAGGACGUCAUGCUAUGGUGCGGCGCAGGCGCACUGUACUAUGGUAUCGUCCUUGUCAGCUCUGAGAUCAUGGAGAGUAAAGCAUCCUGCACAGGUUCGUCUGUCCACGGUUCCUCUGACGUCAUCCCCUGCUCAUGUAAACCCCUCACCAGUAAGGACUACAUCUCCAUGAUCGUCUCCACGUACGGGGAAUUCAUCCAAAUGCCGAUCAACCUUUUCCUGGUGGACUUAAUCGGCCGCAAGUUGACCCUGACGUUGAACCUGGCCCUGGUGUGUACGUUCUUCAUGCUGCUGAACAUGUGCACGUCUGUCGCCCUCACCACGUUCUUCUUGUUCGGUGUCCGUGCCUUCAUCAGCGGGGCCUUCAGCAUGGUGUACAUCUACACAGUGGAGUACUUCCCCACCAAUGUUCGAGCUCUCGCUAUUGGAACAUGUAGUACCGUCGCUAGGGUAGGAGCGAUGACUACUCCCUUUAUUGCGCAGGUUUUACUGAACUACUCCUUGUCCCUUGCGCUGUACGUGUACGGAGGGCUGGCGGGCUUCUGCUGUCUGGUGGCCUUGCUACUGCCACAGGACACCAUGGGCAGGAAACUACAGGAUGAUGUACAUGUGGUUUCCACAGAUAGCCAGCAGCCCUCAGAACAGGCCGCCUGAAGGACCACAUGUUGACGGCCUUUUAGUUAAUGAGGGAGGGGUAGUUGUGGCUAAUGGUGUCCAAAUUCAGUUGUACAUGUAUAUAUAUAGAUAUUGAUAAAGGUGACAAAUUUUUAAUAGAUUCAACCUUACUCCAGCCAAUAUUUAUGUACACGUACACAUGCAAAAUCUAACAUCAAUGUACAUUCAACUGCUAUACAAAUGACUUUUGCAAUGUUUUUCAUUCCAAAGAUCUCAGGAAAAAAGCAGAUAAUAUUUUAUUUGUACAAAUGCUGGUAACAAUAAGGUGGGACAAGGUGGCAUGUGGUGCACAAUGUUAAUACUAUUGUUGUAUUUUAUCAUAAAGGUGGGUACAUAAUUAUGUCCAUGCACAUGUUGUAUGGUACCUUUUAAUCCAAAAGGGAAAUAUUAAAAAAAGUUAUGAAGAA